AUGGAACCGGCCAUUAUGGAAGACCGCAAAGCUAUUACCAGUCAUCAAGGCUUUGGCACUCUGGAUUGCCGACAGAGACCAUUUGCAAAGGCGCCAGUUUUCCCACCCUCGUCUCGUCAGCCUCCCAGCACACCGCAGUCGCAACACUCUCGUGGUGGACCACGCCGUGAUGGACCACGCCGUGAUGAACGAACUCCAAUCAAGUCUCACGGGGCUCUGGAGAAUCUCAUCUACCAGCAGGGCGCUAUCGAAGAUGCACGGCAGGCUGCUGAUGAACCUCAGCCUUCCUCCCUCAGUGCUCCUAUCCCCGACCUUCUUCAAGUAAGUCAAAUAUCGAAUGAAGAGCGCAUUGAAACCAUUCUGAUGCAUUUUCGCAGCACGCAUUCUCCGAACUGCAACGUGAUCGAGAUACAUAUGUCGUAGAAGAAGCAAUGUGUGGAGAUGCGGCACAGCUUUUGGACUCUAAGAAAAGAAAAUCUGCACGUGAUCUCUACGCACGGAUCGCUAAGCAGAGGCCGCCCGCUCUUCCCGCCACACAUCCAACUCACCAUCAACAACUGCAGCAACAGCAUCGCACACCAAACAUGCUGCCGACACCACCACCAGAAGAAGAUGCAGCUCAAUUGAAGACACAAAAGCCGCUGCCUGAGAAGCAAAAUUUCCAGCCCGUACAGCCUGACCACCAGACUUCAUCUCCUUCACGGCCUCCAAAAUUUACAGACCCGAAGAGACUUCAGUCGGCACAGCCACCGGCGUGGAACCCAAUUGCUGGCAUUCACAAAAUGGAUGUCAAUGAAUUCCAACCAAAGGUCAUCAGCCCUAUCUACAUGAUUGGUUUGCCUCUGGGAGGUCAGAUCGAAAUGGCGAAUUGCGAAUACUAG